AUGGCUCUUCAUCUCUCCCUCCUCCUCCUCCUCCUCUUCCUCAUCCUCACCCUCAUCCUCUUUGUACUCUCAGCAGGUAAGGGUACUAUUUCUAUGAAUUAAGGGCGAAGUCCCCUGGGUCUAUUCACUUAAAACACUGUAUAAUCAAUCUCAAUCAUAAUAAUAAUAAUAAUAAUAAUAAUAUGCCAUUUAGCAGACGCUUUUAUCCAAAGCGACUUACAGUCAUGUGUGCAUACAUUUUUGUGUAUGGGUGGUCCCGGGGAUCGAACCCACUACCCUGGCGUUACAAGCGCCGUGCUCUACCAGCUGAGCUACAGAGGACCACAUCAUGAACGAGCUGUGUAAAAGUGUUUGGAGCAAUGUGAUUCAUUUUGUAUUUUUCCUUUGUACAGAUUCUGUUAAAUGUUAAUUCUAAUUUAAAUGUGUUUUGUGUUGAUGUGUCCACAGUGAGGCAUGUGUCUGUGCAGACAGGAGGCUCCAUCACCAUCCCAUGUCACUAUGAUCUGAAUCACAUCAACCAUGUGAAAUACUGGUGUAAAGGAUUCCUUUGGGAUGGAUGUUCUUAUGUGGUACGCACUGACCAUCCUAAGAUCAGUGGUAAGGCCUCAAUCUCUGAUGACAUCAACAAGAGAAUCUUCACUAUGACCAUGACUAACCUGAAGUCAUGGGACUCUGAGAAUUACAGGUGUAUUGUUGAGAUCAAUGGAGGAACAGAUAUCAGGAUACAAUGGUUCUACCUAUCUGUCACUCCAGGUAAGAUCCCUUCACUGUUUGUAUCUAGUAAAGUAGAAUGAAUAGUGCUCACCAAUGUCCUAUGGAUUGUCCUGUAAACCUGCAAUGUCAAAUACAAAAUAAUGACCCAAUUAUAAAUAUCAUUUUACAACAAAUGAAAUGAUAAAUGUGUAACCACUGAAAUGAUAAAGGUGCAAGAACUGACCGUGUUUUGAAGCUGGACAGCGUUUGUUUACAAUUACAUUGUUUACAAACAACUGAGUAAAACAAGAAUAUAUUUGGGGUCAUGAUGGGGUAACAGUUGAACUAAACUCGUGAGGCAACUUAAAUUCUUCAAGAAUCAAUGGCUAUAUAUAAUUAUUAUGAAUUCAAAAGACCAACAAUGGAUGUACCAAUCACAGACUGCAGCUUUAAGGAAUUUGUAAGGAGCCUGUUGUAAAAACACUUUUUUCUCCUCUGAAUUCUUGUUUUUUUUAUCUCUGUGUUCAGCUACUCCAGAACUCUAUGUGGACCAACAGGAAGUGACUGGAGUAGAAGGAGGGAGUGUCACUGUCCGUUGUUACUAUAGUAACUCUGGAGAUAUGAAGUGGUGCAGGAUGGGUGGUGAUUGUGUGAGUUCGUAUUCUGGGACUUUACAUGGAACAUCAGUGACAUUAAAGCGGACUAGUGUUGCCAACAACAGAAAAGUCUUAACAGUGACUAUGAGUGGACUGAAGAUGGAGAACACUGACUGGUAUUGGUGUGAAGUGGGAGAACUAGAGAUGCCUGUUCACAUCACUGUCAGUCAACAAACUGCAACACAGAGAACCAUUAAGAUGACCUCAAGUUAGUAGAUGACUUACAUACAUUAUUAUCAAAUAUGAUUCACUCUGUUUAAUCCAGUGGCAUCAUCUGGAAUUAAUUGUAAUAUUAACUAUGAAUGUAAUGUUGCUAUACAACCUGACUAUCUGGUAUUCCAUUAAUUUCACUGAUGCCAUUGUUAUUUUACCUCACAGCAAUCCAAGCUCCAACCACUCAACAACCCUCUGCCUCUCCAACUGCUGAGCCUGUUCAGACUGACAACACAAGUCAAGGAGCUGAGGGGAACAAGGAGGACGUCCACCAGAGGUUAUUAUCACUCAUUCAGCUGUAUUAUCCCACAUAUUAUGGCAAUUGUUAGAUAAUAUGAACACAAAGAAACAUUACAAUUCCAUCAUACACUACAACAGUUAAAGCUAACCAAACACCCUCCCUAAAUGCAUAUAGAGACUGUUAGCACUUCCUCUUGGGUAUAUUUUUUUUUUGGGGAAGUAGCAUCAAUUUUGGUGUUAUUCUCACUCGUUUGCAAGGGCAAGUUACACACAAAAAAAAACGUUAUUUGUAAAGUAAUAAUCUCAAUAAUAAUCAUGUAAUCUCUUCAGUUGCAUGGUCUUCUUCCACACAUGUGAAUAGCUAAAUACUUGUUCAGUUUAUCACAACAGUGUAAACAACAAGUUAUAACUUUUUCACAAAUGAUCAAUUUAUAAUGUUCUAUUUUAAUUGUAUUUUUGAUUCAAGUUCUUCUAUGUAAUCCAUCAGGUCCAUAGAUGUGAAAGUCCUACUGAUUCCUUGGGGCAUGUUGGUGGUGGUGACAGCUGGUAUCCUAGUCACAUGUAAGAUGUGGACAAAGCAUAGUAAGUAGUUUUUAUGUGAAUAUAAAAAAGUAGAAUAGUUUAGAAAAAUAUGUAUUGACAUUGCGACCAACAGUAUAUUGCUGCCUGUGAUUUAUCUUGAAUGAUAGAAAGUAUUUGGAGGAGUUGUCUAUAAGAAAUCCAUUUAGAGGUAUUAUUGUACAAUAACAAACUCAGAAGUAAUUGACAUCUCCCUCUUUAUUCCAGAGGACAAUAAGGCCAAGGACCAGACAACUAACAACUCAGUGGUAGGAUACACUUAUUUUAUUUUAUUCUAUUAUUUUCAACCAUCUGCUUUUCUGUUCAUGAUUUGGGAUCAUCUACCAUUUAACUCUAGUGUUACCUCUUCAGUUGGUUAUCAAUGAGUUGACAUAAAAGGUACAAUAUUCUAACUGAACCCAAGGUCUUAUAGCACUCAAGACGUUGAAAAAUGAUGUUUAAAAGACAGAGAACAGGAAGUUGUCAGUUCACUAAAUAUAUCUGUGACUGCAUCCUAUUAUGGAAACAAAACAGUGGUUUAGUUGGUAAAUAGACAAGUCCUGUUUCUCUUUGCUAUUUAUUUCUUUGCAGUCUGCUGACCCUGAGCAGGACAUUAUAUACAGCACAGUGAGCCACACCAGAGAAACAGCACAGCAGGUACAAACUGAAUAAACCUGGUUUAGGUCUGUGGAGAUCUUGGACUAGUACCAAUCACUCCAUCUAUGCAUGGAGCUAAGGUUCUCUCUCUUUCUUUUUGGUUUUUUUUAUCUUUGGGGGAAUUAAAAAAAAAAACUAGAAAAGUUUUCUCAAAAAUAAAAAAUUUUUCCCAGGCAGGUUUUUUCAACUGUGUAGUAAUAUUUUAUUUAUCCAAAUUUUUAAAAAACGUUUCUUUAAAAAUGAAAAAAUUAAAAGUUCUUUUUAUUGUUUUUUGUUUAAAGUUCUUUAUUUAAUAAAGGCCCAUAGAUAAAAAAAUGAUUUUUGGGGCUUUUGGGGGUUUUUUAAAAUUAUCCUGACUAAAAUUGAAAAAAAAAGUGUUUUUGGUAAAAAAAAAAGUUUUUGAAAAAUUAUUUUUUUCGCCCAAUUUUGCCUUAUUAGAAUGAAAAAAAAAAAGGGAGGUUUUAAAAAAAACCUUUUGGGGUUUAUUUAAAAAAAAAAAAAAAAAAAAAAAAAAAAAAAAAAAGGGGGGAAAAAAACCUAAACUCGGGAAAGGUCCUUUUUUUUUUUUUUUUUCCCCCCUUGUUUCUUUCAUUUUUUCAUUCCCUUCUUUUUCCUUUUUCAGGGGGUUUCGGGUUCCCUUGGCCCCUUUUCCCUUUCCCCUUUUUUUCCAAAAAUUUAAAAAAUGUUUUUUUUGGGGGGUUUCUUCCUUUUUUCUCACCCUUUUUAAACCCCUUUUUUUUUAAAAUUUCCCCUUUCUUUUCCUUUUUUUUUUUCUUCUCCUUCCCUUUUCCCUUUUCCCCCCCCGGGGGCCCCCCCCCGGGGGGUUUUCCCCCCCAAAAAAUUUUUUUCCCUUUUUUUUUAGGGGUUUUUUUUGCCCUUGGGGUCCUUUCCCCCUCCCCCUAAAUUGCCCCUUUGAAACCCCCUUUUUUUUUCCCCCCCUCCUUUUUUUUUUGGGGGGCCCCUUUUUUUCCCCUUUCCCCCCCCUUUGGGGCCCCCCCCAAACUAAGUUUUGGGGGGGUUAAAAUUUUUUUUCUUUUUUCCCCCACCUUCCCCUUUUUUCCCCUUUUCUUUUUCCCUAGUUUCCGGCCCCCUUUCUCUUCUCUCUCUCUCUCUCUCUCUCUCUCUCUCUCUCUCUCUCUCUCUACUCAAUUCCUGCAGUGUAGAGCUGAGUAUCUGAAGUUCCUAUACUCUGUCUUCCUAUGCAUGUAGCCAUAUGUUUACCUUCUGUGCUGUCCAUUUCUCAGAGCCCAAACCCAGACAGCCACCAUGACGUGAUGUACAGCACUGUGAUGCCUGAUCAGUUCAGGACAGAACAGAACGUCAACAAAUGGCUACAUGCAUCUUGGGUCUUAGACAACAUUAUGGCUGUUUGCAUCUGUUUUAGAAAACAAUUGUAUUUACAGUAUCAUUUUCUGUCUUGGAACAAGCAAUAGGUAAAUGUACACUAUAACAAUAUAACAAUACAUUUUUGUUAUCUGGGUCUCUCUCUACCAGCAGGCCCCAUUUCCUGAAGAUGAUGAUGAUGUCACAUACAGCACUGUCAUCCCCCAGCACAAGGCCCAACUAAAAGUACAGGCCAAGGUAAAGCUGCUCUGUUUAUUAGCCACAGCUAGUAUUAUGUUAUCAGAAACAACGGUAGGUGAUUGUUUCCUCAGUGUUAAUAUAGUCAUGGUUAUGUCACCAUUAUACCUAUAGGUAUAAUAUAUCACCGUUAUGUCACAUAUCACAAUUACAACUGUCUACACUUUUAAUUUCACUGAGAAGUCUGUUUCAAACUGUACUCUCCAUUAUAACAGAACUGUCCCUGUUCACCUCUCUACCUGUUCCUCCUCUGUAGGCAGCAGAACCAGAUGAUAAUGUGGUCUACAGCUCACUAGCUCUACAGGUGACCACACAGGUCAGUGUUGGUGUCUCCUCUGUCUGUUUUACCAGAUAUCGUUAUCAUUGUCUAUCCGUAAGAUGACAGUGUGUGUGAUUUUGACUGAAUGUUUCUCUUCCUCUCCAGCAGAGGGCAACAGCAGAACAGCAGUGACUGAUUGAGUGAUCUUGGUUGAGUCCUUAUCCUGGAAGGACAGCCCACUCUCCGCUCCUGUGUCACAACAUCUAUUUCAAUUUAAGGGCUUUAUUGUUAAUGGAAACAUAUGUUAACAUUGCCAA